CCCAGCGCGCCGGCCGUCAGAGCCGAGGGCUGGACGUGGGCGCGGCGGUCGAGCUGAAGCUGUAGCGGCGCACGGACGGCGGGAGUUCGGCAUGGCUCGCCUGGGGCUCGGUCUGGUGAGCUGUACCUUCUUCCUGGCAGUCAACGGGCUGUAUUCCUCUAGUGAUGACGUCAUUGAGUUAACACCAUCAAAUUUCAACAGAGAAGUUAUUCAGAGUAACAGUUUGUGGCUUGUAGAAUUUUAUGCUCCAUGGUGUGGCCAUUGCCAAAGGUUAACACCAGAAUGGAAGAAAGCAGCAACUGCAUUAAAAGAUGUUGUUAAGGUUGGUGCAGUUGAUGCUGAUAAACAUCAGUCCCUAGGAGGUCAGUAUGGUGUUCAGGGAUUUCCUACCAUCAAGAUAUUUGGAGCUAACAAAAACAGACCAGAAGACUACCAGGGUGGCAGAACUGGUGAAGCCAUUGUAGAUGCUGCUCUCAGUGCCCUGCGCCAGCUUGUGAAGGAUCGCCUCGGGGGGAGGAGUGGUGGAUACAGCUCUGGAAAACAAGGCAGAGGUGAUAGUUCAAGUAAGAAGGACGUGGUAGAGCUGACAGAUGACAGCUUUGAUAAGAAUGUCCUUGACAGUGACGACGUUUGGAUGGUUGAGUUUUAUGCUCCGUGGUGUGGACACUGCAAAAACCUGGAACCAGAGUGGGCUGCUGCAGCAACCGAGGUGAAAGAGCAAACGAAGGGAAAAGUGAAGCUUGCAGCUGUGGACGCCACUGUGAAUCAGGUGCUGGCCAGCCGAUACGGGAUUAGAGGAUUUCCUACAAUCAAGAUAUUUCAGAAAGGCGAGUCUCCUGUGGAUUAUGAUGGUGGGCGGACAAAAUCUGACAUAGUCUCCAGGGCCCUGGAUUUGUUUUCUGAUAAUGCCCCACCUCCAGAGUUGCUUGAGAUAAUCAAUGAGGACAUCGCCAAGAAGACAUGUGAGGAGCACCAGCUCUGUAUUGUGGCUGUGCUACCGCAUAUUCUUGACACUGGAGCUGCAGGCAGAAAUUCUUAUUUGGAAGUUCUUCUGAGGUUGGCAGACAAAUACAAGAAGAAAAUGUGGGGGUGGCUGUGGACAGAAGCUGGAGCCCAGUUUGAACUUGAGAAUGCAUUGGGAAUUGGAGGAUUUGGCUACCCUGCCAUGGCAGCCAUCAAUGCGCGCAAGAUGAAAUUUGCCCUUCUCAAAGGCUCUUUCAGUGAGCAAGGCAUUAAUGAGUUUCUCAGGGAGCUGUCUUUUGGGCGUGGCUCCACAGCGCCUGUGGGAGGCGGCGCCUUUCCUGCCAUCUCUACCAGAGAGCCCUGGGACGGCAGGGAUGGUGAGCUUCCUGUGGAGGAUGACAUUGACCUCAGUGAUGUGGAGCUUGAUGACUUGGGGAAGGACGAAUUGUGAGAGCCAUGGCCCAGCCUUCAAAUUUCUUUUCUUGGGAGCAAGCAAAUGUUUCCAGCAGUGAAGGUUCUUUACAAUCAGAUGCGUCUACCAGUGGCCUUUUAACUAAGAAGUAGCACUUGAUUGGUCAUUUGAAAACACUGCAACAGUGAACUUUUGCAUCUCAAGAAAACACUGAAAAAUUCUAUGAAUUGUUGUAGCCAGUGAAUUGAAUUUAUUGUCGCGUAAUAUUUUGAAGAAAACUGGGCUGUUUCAACAUUUUCCCUCCCCGUGACUGCUGCUUGAAUGUUCUUGGAGGCUGUUUCUUAUAUAUAGGAUUUUUUAAAUGUGAUUCCUUCAUUUGAAUAUUAAUGGCUUUUUCCAUUAAAGAAUAAAAAUGAUAUUUUGGACAAUGCCGAAAAUGUAUGAAAUUAGUGUCCUAUCCUAAACCCUGGGUCUGAUGUUUAGCCAGACAAGUGAUGACAAACCCUCUGACUCGCUGUUCCACAUGGGAAACUUGGUCAUCAUGGGGGAACUGCAUCUCAUGCUCCCAAGUUUGUCUGCAAGCCGUCAUCACCAGUGUUAUGAUUGUUAGGGAAUAGACCUGGUUAUACAGUUAGCUCAGAUUUUCUAUGUUCUGCUACUCUCCCAUGAAAGCCCCAUAAAAACCUGAAAGACAGCAGUAGGUCACCAAAUUAUAGGCAUUUCACAUUUGUGUAAAACACUAAGAAAAAGGUUUUAAAAUUAUGAUCAAACAAGACAAUUCAAAGGACUGAGCAUUUUAUUGUAACUUAAAAAAAUAAAUACACUAUAACUAA